ACGUAAAUUAUAUGAUUUGCAGAAUUAAGUGAGAGGUGGUGUUAAUACGAAGUUAAUGCUCACUUGCAUUUUAUUAAACAGUUGUAAUUAUUAAACUUUGUUAGUCAAUAUUUUUUAAUCUGCGCACUCUCCGCAGAAUUAUUUUGUGGCGUACGUCAGAUAAAAAUUUUUGUUUGCGAAAAAGACGUGGCAUUAAUGUGUUGUGCAUUUUUUGAGUUUUAGGCGUAUCGUACAGUUGUGGCGGAUAAAAACUUUUGAAUAACAUAAUAGGUGGUGCAAUUUAGUGCUCUCAUUAUGGGACUUACGAUUUCUAGUAUUUUUACUCGCCUUUUCGGCAAGAAACAAGUUCGAAUAUUAAUGGUUGGUCUUGAUGCUGCUGGAAAGACUACAAUUCUGUAUAAACUGAAGCUUGGUGAGAUUGUUACUACUAUACCAACAAUAGGAUUUAAUGUUGAAACAGUUGAGUACAAGAAUAUUUGUUUCACUGUUUGGGAUGUUGGUGGGCAAGAUAAAAUCAGACCUUUAUGGAGGCAUUAUUUUCAGAACACACAGGGCUUGAUUUUUGUUGUGGACAGCAAUGAUAAAGAUAGGAUAUCUGAAGCACAAGAUGAACUUUCCAAAAUGUUAAAAGAAGAUGAACUGUCUGAAGCUGUCUUACUUAUUUUUGCUAACAAACAAGAUUUACCAAAUGCAAUGUCAGCUUCAGAACUUACUGAAAAAUUAGGCCUAAAUUCCCUAAGGAACAGAAGGUGGUACAUUCAGGCUACUUGUGCGACACAAGGAGAUGGUCUGUAUGAAGGUUUGGAUUGGUUGUGUAACGAACUUGCAAAAUCUCCAUAAAAUUGAAGCAAAUUAUAUAUCUCUAUUUUGGAUUUGAGUGUAUAUCAUCAUUACUGUUUUAAAAUGAUAUUGCCCUUCAAAGCAUAAACAGUUUCUAAACAACUUUAACAAAGGAGAGCAUCUGAAAGUUUCUUUCUAGUAAGCCUGGAUUUGAAAACGUGAAAGCAGCUUUUUUGUGCUCUGUUAGAAUGAUUUUUCAUUGUGCAUGUAGUGUAUAUUUGAAUACCAGCAGUUAUUGGUAAUGUAUGAUAGCUAUAUGAAGAUUGAUGAAUGAAUAUCCAAAAAGCAUUACCAAAAAAGAAAAAGCUUUCCAUUUUUUCAGUUUUCUGUACUUUUCAUUUGGGCGAUAUCACCCUUUUGGUGUUGGAUUAUGUCUAAGCUGCUUCUAAAGGGACCAAUAAGUUUUUAAUUUAACUAACAAUCUCAGACUUUAUAUUUAAUUUUUAUGCCCUUUUGUAAAAAAAAGUAAAAAGUUAUUUGGAAACAUAUUUACAUUAUCAUUAAUAACUAAAUUGUUUGAUGUACUCUCUAAUGAAAUGCAUUUUAUUUUUCAAACUGAUCUAGUUUUUUUUUUAUAUGUAUAUAUAUUGUUUUUAAAGACAAGUACAAUUAUUUCACUUGACUUUUUCUCUUUAUGGUGGUGUGUACUAAAUCUACAAACUAUCAUGAACUAAACUUUUCGAGGUAUACAUCAAAGUAUUAGGAAAAUUUUUGAAUUUCUUUUGGCCUUUUUUUUUUUUUGUAGCAUCCAUAAAACAUUUUUGACUAACAUUGAGAAAUAUAAUUAACGUAGUCUUAAGUAAUAAUGCUCAAAACCAUUCUCAAGCUGUAUUGCUUGUGUGGAGGCCCCCCCCCAAAAAAAAAAGUUCUGUAAGAAAAUGUAUUAAAUCUCAUAGGUAAUCAUAAGUCAUUAACAAUUUUAUGUUUCAAGCACUUUCUUUUUUUUUUUCUGAUAACUCAAGUGUGUGAAUAUUAUUUAACGUUAUAGUAAAUGUAACCUAAACACAACAUUACUGAGAAUCUAGGUGUAAUCUUGUAAAUUGAUGAUUUUGUGAUGCUAUGUAAUAGGUCGAUGAUGAGAAUAUUCUUAGUCAUUUUGUUGGUGUUAAUGAGUACUUUUUUUUUUUAAUUUUUCUUCUGAAAUUUUUUAAUCUUGCUAAAGCAUCCUAAAUUGCAUAAAAAUGGUACAAAAGUAUGCCUCGUAAGCAAUCAUUGUGAUGAGGCUACAGUUUUAAAAAAGCUUCAAUGCAUCACUCUUCAGUAACUUAAAUGGGUAACAAAUGUAUCGUGGCAGAGUUUCAUCUAGUGUGAUAAUGUUUAAUAAUCAUAUAUAAUAUAAAUUUAUAUAUGAUUAAUAAAUUGUGCUGUAUAGUGGCAGCUUUGAAAACAUCUUUAUACAUUAUGUAGAAUUUUUUAAGAAUUUUAUAUUAAAGGUAAUUAUUUCAAUGUUUUAUUAACUGUCAAGUUUUGAUAGGUGUUGGAAUUCAAUCAACAUUAUGUUUCUCUCCAUGCAAAUAGUUAAUGAUAUAUUAUGAAUAACACACUUUGUAUAGUUUGUGUGACUUUUUUAAGCAAAAGAAAGUAAUCUCAAUCAUGAUAUAACAGCAUUUCUGACUUCUAUUGACUAUUUUUUUAAGCUUGUAUUAUGUAUGAUAUGCAGUUAUUCCUAAACAGUUUUCACUGUCCAUAUUACUUUGAAGUAUGAAUUAUGCAAGUUUUGUAUUUAUAAUUUUGUUAAAAUCGUAUGCCAACUUUGAAGCUAUGUGGCAAGUAGAAUUUGUGUAUGGGAUUACUUUUUUAGAAAAUUUUGAUCUGAAGUGGUUAGUUUUAUGAUUAAUCCUCUUUUCCCUGUUAUCAUUUAUAAUUUGUAAUAAAUCUAAAAAUGCAACAUAUUUUCCUCCAUCAACCGUGUUCGACAAACAAAAAUUGUCGCUAAACAGUGCGAUUUAAUGGCAAUAGUGGAUAAGUGUUGUGUCACAAUAUACUCAUGAAAUGUUCACAUGCUUUUAUAUAUUAACAUAGAUUACUAAACCAGAAACCAGUUCAUCCGUUAAUUAGUUAACUGAAUAAAAAGUGAUUUAUUCUUCAAAAACUUUCUCCAGAAUGGUUAACACUAGUUUGAGCUUAUAUUUAUUCAAGUUUUUUUGUAUGCUAUAUCUGCAAAUCGUAUCUGUUGAUUAUUUUAUUGAAUUAAGAGUGAUCUGUUCUUUCCAGUUACUGUCAACUAAUUGGCACAAGUUUUGCAAGAUCUCCACCAAUGUUCACGGUUGAUAGAAAAAUGCAUUAAGAACCAAUAUAAAUUUUUGAGCUAUUAAAGGAAGAAGUGGCCAGUAUUUUCUUUCUAAAUAUUUCUGUUUGAUCAGUUAACCUUUGUUUUUAAAAAAAAGGAGUAGUCUAGCCAAAAUCUUAUUUUUUUCUUUUUUCCCUUAAAUUUAGAAAUUAUUGUGGUUUGAAUCUAAUUAAUUAGGAGCUUCACUUUAAAGAAUUUGAUUGGAAAUAGUAUCUUUAAAUUAAAAAUAUUUUAAAGAUAUUUUUUGAGAUGUUAUAUAAAUCCAUCUUUUUAUGUUGUUAUAUUUUACAGAGAUUCAUCAUUUUAUGAAUUUUAAGUCAAAAAUGUUUCUUUAUGCUGUUUUCCCCCCUUCUUUUUCUGAGGAAUACGUGAGCUAAAUAUACUAGUAUAUAAUAGUACAUAAUUUCUAAUAUAUAAUUUGAUUUUAAAAUCUGAAUUUGUAUUUAAAAUUAUCAGUUUUUUGAAAAAAUAAUUUGAAUUUUAAAAUGACUUUGAUACAGUUAAGGCGUUUAUCUUAUUAAACAUAUAAGAGUACAUAUUAAAAUUAGGCAAUUCUGCCUUGCAGUGAAUAAAUAUUGAUAACUGUGGGGGUUAAAUACUUUGUGAAGCCAUAAUGUUCUGAAAGAGUAGUAAAAGGUUACCAAAUAAUCCUGAAGGUUAUCUAAAAUGUAUUUUCAUUGUCUGUUAUGCUUAAUUUUUAAGUAUUUAUUUAUUAAUGAAUUGUAAUUUUAUUGUAUUUGCAUAUUCUGUACAUUGCUGGUCUGUGUACUGAGUUGACACUAUAUUUUGCAAAGCUUUGGAAUAUUAUCUGAUUGCACAAUUCUCUUGAGAACAACUUCUUUCAAGUAUUUUGAUUUAGUAUCUUAUUUUUGUCAUGUACUGAUGCUUAUGAUAUGUAGAUAAGGAACCUGGGUGUAAACUUGAUUUUACUCUGAAUAUUAAAUUUGAAUGUAUAAUAGUUAA